GGGGUUCCAAUUUAUCAGAUCGACAAAAAGGAGAUGGCAGCAAUGAACCCUGAAUACGACUACCUCUUCAAACUCCUCCUCAUCGGAGAUUCUGGCGUCGGAAAAUCGUGCCUGUUGCUGCGUUUCGCCGAUGACACAUACACUGAAUCAUACAUCUCCACUAUCGGAGUUGACUUUAAAAUCCGUACUAUUGAGCUCGACGGCAAAACUAUCAAGCUUCAAAUCUGGGACACUGCUGGUCAGGAACGUUUCCGCACAAUUACAUCGAGCUACUACCGCGGAGCUCACGGAAUUAUCGUUGUCUACGAUAUCACUGACCAAGAGACAUUCAACAACGUGAAGCAGUGGCUUCAGGAAAUCGAUAGGUACGCAUGUGAGAACGUCAACAAGCUGUUGGUCGGAAACAAAUGCGAUUUGACAGCGAAGAGAGCUGUGGAGACUCAAGCUGCCCAGGAUUAUGCUGGACAACUCGGAAUCCCGUUCCUCGAGACAUCCGCCAAGUCAUCGACGAAUGUUGAACAGGCCUUCCUUACCAUGGCUUCGGAAAUCAAAUCACGUAUGGGACCAGUUCAAGGAGCCGGAGGUGCUCCAGGUGUGCGUAUCACGGGAAGUCAACCGGUUCAAGACAAGAAGAGCGGUGGAUGUUGUUAAUCGAAACGAUAAUCUCUGUGAUACCCCCCUCUUCGGCACUCUUUCACCAUCAAGCUCUUAGUCGUAUUUUUUUGUUUCUUUCCACUGAAAAUUUUCUAAUGCAACCCCUCUUCCUAUCACUCUAAAUUUUAUCUAAUGUAAUUUUUUUUUGAUUUUCACUUCUUUUUCUUCUGCUGUCUUUUCUCUCCCCUUAUAAAAAAUUCCUUCACCCACCCCCAAAUUCACGUCGUAACCUAAAUUAUUUUCUUUUUUGAAUGUGUGUGUCUGUGUGAAUGUACAUCCCCACGAUUUUACGCUUUUUCUCCGCGAAAAUAGAUAAUUUGUGUUGUGAAAAAAUAUCCUUUCCCCCUAUCCACCACCCAAAUCACCCCCUUCAAAAAGAGUUUUAUAUAUUUGCUUCCCUCUUUUUUUUGUCUAAGCCCUAUCCAUAAACUUAAAUGUGAAU